GCUGCUGCGACUGUUUGGCGUGCCCUUCCUGGUGGCGCCGAUGGAGGCCGAGGCUCAGUGCGCAGCACUCGACCGCGCCGAACAGACACACGGGACCAUCACGGACGACUCUGAUGUGUGGCUUUUCGGAGGGCGCCAAGUAUACAAAAACUUCUUCAGCCAGAACAAAUACGUGGAACACUACCAGUGCAGUGAUCUGCAGAACCAACUGGGUCUGGACCGGACCAAGCUGAUAAAUCUAGCGUACCUGCUUGGAAGUGACUACACAGAGGGCGUGCCAGGGGUCGGGUAUGUGACCGGCAUGGAGAUUCUGAACGAGUUUCCAGGCCCGGGGUUGGAGCCGCUAACACAGUUCAGGUGUGUUAUGUAGAGGUCAGAGG